ACAGCUUUAUUGUUAACCCGGAAGUUAUAUUAAACAUGUUAAGAUUUAAUCUUUUUGUAUUUAGGUUGAGAAAUAAACUUAAAACAAAGGAAGUCAGACGUAUAUUCUGGAUUAUACAAACAUCUUAAUUAUUCAUAAUUAAACGUAAUACAUGAAUGUGUUGUUUCCUGUUCAGUUUGCGUGGCUAAUAUGGAAUUAUACUCUUUUUUAUUGGUUUGGAUAAAUACGCUAGUAUUUAUUGAUUCGGUCAGGGCCUGCCCUGCAAGUUCACCUCGACUAUUUCAAAGGGUACAUGAUGACGUUGUAAAAAUUUCAAUGAUUACAACUGUGAACACUCAAGGCCUUAUAAGCUACCAUAUUCGGAAGGACGAAACCAAUUUGAUGAGUAUAGAUUUCUAUAACGGUGCGAUUAUGGAUCAAGAGCCAUGCACACCUACAGACUGCACGUUUUCAGGAAAUGCUGCCAAUGGUGACUUUUCUAUUACGUUAUCUAAUAUACAGGUAACGUCAGCAGGGACCUAUAAAGUCAUCGAAACCCAAUCCAAAGAAGAAAAGGCGUGCAAAACACUGUUUGUACUCGGAGAUCCAGAACCACCUAUCAUUUCGUCAAACAAUGACCCUUCCGUCGGUGGAAAUGUCAGUGUCACGUGCAGUAGUACCUCCACAACCACACCGAAAAACCACGGGCUUAGUUUAUCCUACACCUGGUUAAUAGAUGGUCAUACAAACCCAGCCAACACACGUUACUCGUACUCUGCUUCCAGACACAAACUCACCAUUUCUUACGUGCGGAAGAUGGACAGCACAAUUGUCAUGAAAUGUUCGGCAACUGAAAACGUUACUAACGGGUACACGUCGUCCGAGAGUUUAGGAUUUACAAUAAACGUUCUGUACGGUCCAGACAGUGUAAGCUUCAGCCCCAAUAUCACGUCUUAUGAAAAGCUCCUGAACACUGUACUCGACCCAGUCAUGUGUCAAGCUGACUGUAACGGGUGCAGCUUCUCGUGGUCACGCGGACAAACUACCAUUGUAAACACAGAUGUUCUGAAUUUGAUGUCGCUGUUAGUUAAUGAAGCUGGUCAGUAUACGUGCACGGCAUCUCGGACCGGGGCUACGACAAAGGAAAAAACACUCAGUAUUAAAGUCAUUCACGGUCCAAGCAGUGGGUCAUUGAAUCCAGCUGACACACAUUACACAGUUGAAAUUGGUGAGACCUUAGCUACAGUAACCUGCUCAGCGUCAUGUUGGCCUUGCUCAUACAUGUGGACUGGGCCCGGGGAUUUUUCUUCCUCAGGGCAAACUAUCAGCCUACAAGGAGCUACAAAGGCGUCGGAUGGGAGGUAUACAUGUACUGCAACCAAUGACAGGACAUCAACCGUUAGCUCUACCUACUUUGAUGUUAACGUUGUAUACGGGCCAGAAAGCAUAACUUUCAACACAUCCUCAACUACCAUCAGACAAAGGGAGGGCUCAUUGUUUCUGCCAGUUGAAUGUCAGUCUGAUUGCAAGGGCUGCACGUUUAUGUGGAACAAGGACCGUGCUCCGUUUACAAGCACAGCUAUAUUAGAUCUGGCUACAUUACAAAAAUCGGAGGCUGGUGUUUAUUCGUGCACAGCGUCAAGGACUGGAGCACGCUCAAUGGUCAAACAACUUAAAGUCCAAAGUAUAUACGGACCUGAUCAUGCAGCUGUCCUUCCGGUCAGUACCCAGUAUGAACUGAACGACGGUAACACUAUGGACAGCGUAGUUUGUUCAUCUGACUGCUUCCCGGAAUGUUCUCUUAUGUGGGUACCGUCUCUGUUAAGUUACCAAGGAAACCUCAGUCUAGGCGUCCUACACAAGGAGUCUGCCGGACUGUACACAUGUGUAGCAAGUAACCCAGAAUGGAGCGAGAAAUCCGUUAAUGUAACGAUUACAGUCCGGGUUAGAUAUGGUCCGGUGAGAGCUAUUCUAAACGUUUCUUCCCCAUUCACUGUGACGGAAGGGGAAACAAUCGAAAACAUAGGAUGCACUUCCGACUGUUGGCCUGGAUGUCGACAGGAGUGGAUGGACGCUGCAAAUGUCACAAUACAACCUUCUGGCACACUUUCACUUGAGAAAGCUACCAGGGACAAUGCUGGAAGUUAUGUAUGCAUUUUAGAAAACACCGCGGAAGAAUACACGAAAAAAGCCGAGACAUCUUUGAUAUUGAUAGUCGAAUACCCCCCUGAUGUUCACGUACAGACUACUAAUACAACAUCCGAUGACACUUCCGUUGUCUUAGAAUGCAUUGCAAACGGUGUGCCGAACUCAUAUACAUACAUCAAUUGGAAACAGGAGUGGCCAGGUACUAACUUAACCAGAGUCAUCCCUGAAAGUGGAUAUCCAACAUUGCGCCUCACAAAUCUUUCGUACGAAUAUUCUGGAAUAUACACAUGCUCAGUCAGCAAUGGUGUAGUGCGGUAUCCAACAACAGAGACUGUCAUGGAAGCAUCAACGUACCUGCUUGUGAAAGAUGCGCCUGUUGUACUGUUUCCUCAAUUAUCUCAUGAUGGCGUCAUCGUUGUAUCUGGCAAGCUUGGAGACACACUAUCAUUACAAAUAAAGAUAUACUCCAAUUACGGAAGUGUGGUCGCCAAAUUGAAGGACUCCGGUAAAAAUACGAGUGAGAACAAGAGCGUUACGAUGGAUGUUUUUGAAUCUGCAGUGGAAUUACCUAUUAUGGGUCAUGUUCGUAAUGACAUUGGAUUCGUUUUAAAUAUCACAAUUACCAUAGAGGAAUCAGAUUAUUUUACUUUCUACCCUGUCAGUAUUGAAAAUGAUUUCAAAGCAACUUUACUAGACAUCGAAGUUAAAUCAGAAGGUCCUCCUGAGAUCCCCAGGACUUUGACCAUAGAAAAAGUUAUGCAGCAUUCAAUAGACAUUUCUUGGUUCGGGAACUUUAAUGGUGGAUUUAAACAGACAUUUGCCAUACAAACAAGCAAGGACGGUGUUGAUUGGAAUAAUGCUACAUUAUUGGAGGAAGACGUGUUGAACAGACGUGAACAGUACCACCAAACAGUUGAUAAAUUGGACCAUACAACAAAGUACUAUCUUCGCAUGUACGCGUUCAAUAAGCUUGGUGAAAGUGAGCACACUAACGUUUUACAGGCUACAACGGCUUCUUCACGAGAAGACAUCACUCCAAGGCAUGCCUCAGUUAUUGGUGGAGUAGUUGGAGGAUGUCUCGGAGCUGUUGCUGUAAUCGUCAUAGUGUUUGUUCUGAGACGAUGGUUCACAUUGAAAUGUUCCUGUAACAUGUCCCUAUCUUGGAAAAUAGAUGUACCUUCAGAUCAAGAUGGACAUGGUGCUGAAAACCCGGGAUACAACGCUGCCGGAGCGUAUGAAGUAGUGUCAGCGACAAAAGAGUCGCCCGUUUACGAUGCUUUAAGUGUUGGAAACGAUGGACCCGACAAUUCGCGCUUGUACACGCCUUUGGAGUUGACCAAUCCAAAGUCAAACGCUUAUUACGAGAAUGUAAAGGGAGGUAGGAAUGAUGUAUUCUAGAACAUAUCUACUCAGAAAGUACAUGCUCAAUAAAAAAGGAUCCCGUGUACAACAAUACGGUUUUGAAAAUUCCAGUGCAGACAGUACUUUAAGUAGCUAAAAACACUCGAACUCACACGAAAUAUUAUCUCAAUUUUACUAUUGUAUUGUUUGUGUGUGACGUUUCUAAAUUUUAAAGUAAUAUUCAGAACUUUAAUGAACUGUUUAAACUUAGGAAUAUGUUCCUAUUCAGUUUUAUGACAUAUUUUUAAAACUAGCUGUUUGAUUCUUUAAUGCUCAUGGAUUUAGAAAUUAGUUGAUGACGUUUACCUGUCUUGAAAUCCAUACUCAGAAUUUAGCAUUUGUAAGGGUUUUACCAUAUAAUAGGUUAAUACACAUACUUUUUCAUGUUUAAUGUAUCUGUAGGUGUGUUUUAUCAAUUAUUUGCUUAAUUCAAAUAACAAUUAAUAACAACAUAAUGCAAUUUCUUUGUUAUCGCAUUAAACUAAUGCAUAAAUAA